AUGGGAGAACAAUUGCCUUGGCCCUGGGGUGAGCGCUCCUCCACAGGUCCCUGCAGCUGCGUCUGGAGCAAGCACAAAGCCUACGGAUCAGCCCAAAGACUAUCUUGAGCGUAUUGUUUUCACUCGGCUCAACACCAGUGUUUUGUGAUGUCAGCAGAAGGUGGUCGGAGACAGACUACUGUUAUUUGCCCGAGCAAAUAGUCAAUUCUGUAGUCAGCAUCCCCCUCCAAUAAAUUGGAGCAUCCUUCCAAACCGAAGCCUGUCCAGCAAGUCUGAACUUGGAGUUAGUAAACAAGCCAUCUCCUGUUUAUAUCCUGGGGUCAUUUAAUAUGCCAUGUAGUCUCUGAACUCAUUCCUAUUCACAACCGUGUUUAUCUCAGCUUUUGUAUUAUAGGCCUAUUAGAUGACACACUGAGCUGGGUCCUUUUAGAGGCUAAAAUGUCCCCUGUGACAUAAUAACUUGUUUGAUCUCUCUUUUUAUAAUUUUCGCCUGGGGCCUUUGGUACACCAUAAGCCCCAUCUUGGUCCACAAAGCAGGCAGGCCUUUAAACCCCAGUCUGAAAAACAUUUAUGCCUGGCACAAAGAGCAGGCUCUGUGCACAGACUGUGGACUCAGCAGGCUGGGCCACAGAGCAGAAAUACCUCCUGCUAUUGUUUUGGAGUGGACUGGACUGCAUAACUCACUGAGUGAAGUAUUUAUCUCUCAGGCAGGCAGAGAGGCAGCACUGUACAGGAAACGGAUGGAAAAUACAGACAUGCUGGCCUGUUUUAUCUCCUGCACUCAGUUACUCCUCUGUGGCCCUCUUUCUCUCUCCACCAGAGCCCAUUGCCACCACACAGUUUAUCAGUGCCUGACUGUGAUUGUUUGGGGUGGGUUCCCUGCCUGGCCCUCUGUGCUGUGUUUUUGUUACAACCCAAACAGCCACCCACAACAGUCUCGGGCUAAGUGCCACUGGCCUUCAGAGCUGGUCUUUGAGCCUGUUAACGGCCAGUCGUGACCUUUGACUCUAGCUGCCACCACUCUGUGUGGGGAGGGAGUGGAUUUUGCCAUUGUCCUGUUAUGGUGGCAGUGAAAAGUGAGAGUGUGGACUUGGCUGGAGUGCUUCUGUCCUCUAAACAGCUCCUCUUUAUGGGAUUGAAAUGAGCUCUGGUUGCAGUCACUGCAUGUGGCUGCCUUCCUCCUUGACUCGGCUGAUUUUUUUAAUUUGAGAGUAAACUGCAGAUCUGUGUCUGUGUGCUCUGCAUAGCUGAGAGGCAGUAUGCCGCCAAUAUGGAUUCAGAGCCACAGAGUAGACUGCAUUGUGAGGAGCAGUGAGAGUGUAUAUGUGGAGCAGUGAGCGUGUGUGUGUGUGGAGUGAGUGUGUUUGUGUGUGUGUGGCGCAGUGAGCAGUACAUGUACUGUAUUUCCACCAGCUCCAGGCUCCGGGAGGGAGGUUUCAGGUUGAGCCAGUCUCAACCAGACAGGCAGGGGAUCUUUUAUUGUCUUUAGUCUACAGACAAUUCUCAGCUUUAGUUCUCAUCUCCAGUGGCCUUCUUCAGCUCUCAGAGAGGGCGAAAGGAGUGGGGGUGGUGGAGACAGUCUCUCUCUUACUCUGUGGAGCUCUGCUCAGUCUAAUUCUCUUUCUUUCUUUCCCUCUGUCAUUGAGUCAUAACAAAAGUACUCCUCUUUUGUUUCUAGACACACUUCAAUUCUUUUUAAAUGUGAUACAUUUAGCUACAGUUUUGGUUUGUUCAGCUUUGUGGUCCUGUGUACUAGAGGAUGGUUUGUCUGUGUGUCAACAGCUCAUUAUGUCUCUCCCACAGAGCUCAGUGCAGGACUGGGGGGAGGAAGUGGAGGAGGGAGCAAUAUACAACGUGACACUGAAGAGGGUCCAGAUCCAGCAGGCUGCCAACAAGGGAGCAAGAUGGUUGGGGGUGAGUGGACCACUCUGCUCUUUCACUACAACACACUGAUUGAAAGCACACAAACUUGAGAACUUGUGAGAGACCUUGUCAGGCUCAAACAAUAACUCUGCUGAAUGAGUUAUAUCUAUAGACAGAUUUAGUCUUUCCAUUGGAGAAUUCAUGAUACAAUCACUAGUUGAACAUGGCAACAUUGGACAGAUUGUAUUACUUUGCGGAGUUAUUGUAAGUCUAUAGUUCUUUGUGAAAGGAGAGGUGUAUAAUAAUAGUUUUGUGGAUAGAGCUUGGCAGCUUCAUUGUAAGAUAUACAGUAAUGCCAAUUUGCAAUCACAGGGCGUCUCACAGCAUUGUGUUGAAGGUCUGUUGUUUUAACAUUUAAACUAUUGAAUUUUCCCAUUUUUGCCAACACCCUGCGCAGGCCGUAUAAAAACAACUUUUUCACAAGUAGCCUACUCAACUGUUUGUCUAAGUCAUGUAAUUUCCUGAUUUGCCAGUUCGAUAGAGAGAGAGGACUCUAGUGCCCAAAAGCCUGUUUUAGCAUGGGCAGCGCCAUUGAGGACUUUCACCAUUUUGAAGUAGUCAACUGGGAGGGACUUCCUAUGGGUUAAGGAAGGAUCACAAAUUCCAUCCACAUCAUCAAGAGGGAUCAGCCAAUGAAUUAUACUAAUUAAUUAUACUCACAUUGCAUAACUGCAGGUGGUAGUAAAAUGCCAACCUUGGCUUUAUACUUGUUCAAAAUGCACCCUUUCAGUUUGUUUACCAACUCAUAGAAGUAGUAGAAUAAUAAAAUGUACUACUGCAAAAUGGAGAUGGCCUCAAUGGUGCUGCCCUUGCUCUCACAGAUGCCAUAAUGGGACAGGUGCAAUGUUGCAUCCUCUAACUAUCUCUGUCCGGUUAUAACUAGGUCAUUCCAUGUCAUUUCAGCAAGCCUUGACACCCACAAUCUCAGAUUAUUCUUAAAUUGUUUCUGUAGUUAGAAAUAGAUAAGACAAGCAUUCCAGAAACAUUAUUUUGUUGAAAUAUGAUUUGAUCUCUGAGAUUGCACCUAAAUUGUCAAUUUUAAUUUAUAGGAUCAAUAUAAUAUUCAAUAAUUAUAGUACCUAACAUAUGAUUUGGACCAAACCUUUUUCUAACAAUGAGUAAGACAUGAGGAAUCCAAAAAAAUGGUCAAAAGCCAUCCACGGACCCCCCAACAUCUCACGCCAAUCCCACCCCAACAACGAGUAUACAGUGCAUUCGAAAAGUAUUCCGACCCCUUGACUUUUUCCACAUUUUGUUACGUUACAGCCUUAUUCUAAAAUGGAUUAAAUUCUUUUUUCCUUACAUCAAUCUACACACAAUACCCCAUAAUGACAAAGCAAAAAGUUUUUUAGAAAAUUUUGCAAAUUUAUAAAAAAUAAAAAGCUGUAAUAUCACAUUUAGAUAAGUAUUCAGACCCUUUACUCAGUACAUUGUUGAAGCAUCUUUGGCAGCGAUUACAGCCUCAAGUCUUCUUGGGUAUGACGCUACAAGCUUGGCACACCUGUAUUUGGGGAGUUUCUCCUAUUCUUCUCUGCAGAUCCUCUCAAGCUCUGUCAGGUUGGAUGGGGAGCGUCACUGCACAGCUAUUUUCAGGUCUCUCCAGAGAUGUUAGAUCGGGUUCAAGUCCGGGCUCUGGCUGGGCCACUCAAGGACAUUCAGAGACUUGUCCCGAAGCCACUCCUGCGUUGUCUUGGCUGUGUGCUUAGGGUCGUUGUCCUGUUGGAAGGUGAACCUUUGCCACAGUCUGAGGUCCUGAGCGCUCUGGAGCAGGUUUUCAUCAAGGAUCUCUCUGUACUUUGCUCCGUUCAUCUUUGCCUCGAUCCUGACUAGUCUCCCAGUCCCUGCUGCUGGAAAAACAUCCCCACAGCAUGAUGCUGUCACCACCAUGCUUCACCAUAGGGAUGGUGCCAGGUUUCCUCCAGACGUGAUGUUUGGCAUUCAGGCCAAAGUGUUCAAUCUUGGUUUCAUCAGACCAGAGAAUCUUGUUUCUCAUGGUCUGAGAGUCUUUAGGUGCCUCCAAGCGGGCUGUCAUGUGCCUUUUACUGAGGAGUGGCUUCUGCCUGGCCACUACCAUAAAGGCCUGAUUGGUGGAGUGUUUUGCAGAGAUGGUUGUCCUUCUGGAAGAUUCUCCCAUCUCCACAGAGGAACUCUGGAGCUCCUUCAGAGUGCCCAUCGGGUUCUUGGUCACCACCCUGACCAAGGCCCUUCUCCCCCGAUUGCUCAGUUUGGCCAGGCGGUUGGCUCUAGGAAGAGUCUUGGUGGUUCCAAACUUCUUCCAUUUAAGAAUGAUGGAGGCCACUGUGUUCUUGUGGACCUUCAAUGCUGCAGAAACUUUCUGGUGUCCUUCCUCAGAUCUGUGCUUCGACCUAAUCAUGUCUCGGAGCUCUACGGACAAUUCCUUUGACCUCUUGGCUUGGUUUUUGCUCUGACAUGCACUGUCAACUGUGGGACCUUAUAUAGACAGAUGUGUGCCUUUCCAAAUCAUGUCCAAUCAAUUGAAUUUACCACAGAUGGACUCCAAUCAAGUUGUAGAAACAUCUCAAGGAUGAUCAAUGGAAACAGGAUGUACCAGAGCUCAAUUUCGAGUCUUAUAGCAAGGGGUCUGAAUACUUAUGUAAAUAAGGUAUUUCUUUUUUUUUCUAAACCUGUUUUCGCUUUGUCAUUAUUGGGUAUUGUGUGUAGAUUGUGGAGGAAAAAUAUUUACUUAAUCCAUUUUAUAAUAAGGCUGUAACGUAACAAAAUGUGGAAAAUGUUAAAGGGUCUGAAUACUUUCGGAAUGCACUGUAUAGUAUCUGUUCUCUAUGUUUGAUGACUAGUAUGGAACUGCGGCUCAGAGUAUUGUUUUUUCAUCCUAUGUAAUGUAUUCUCAGUGAAUUUGGUGUCUAAGGUCAGUUAAGAUCACCACUUUAUUUUAAGAAUGUGAAAUGUCAGAAUAAUAGUAGAGAGAAUGAUUUAUUUAUUUCAGCAUUUAUUUCUUUCAUCACAUUCCCAGUGGGUCAGAGGUUUACAUACACUAAAUUAGUAUUUGGUAGCAUUGCCUUUAAAUUGUUUAACUUGGGUCAAAUGUUUCGGGUAGCCUUCCACAAGCUUCCCAAAAUAAGUUGGGUGAAUUCCAGCCCAUUCCUCCUGACAGAGCUGGUGUAACUGAGUCAGCUUUGUAGGCCUCCUUGCUCGCACACGCUUUUUCAGUUCUGCCCACACAUUUUCUGUAGGAUUGAGGUCAGGGCUUUGUGAUGGCCACUCCAAUACAUAGACUUUGUUGUCCUUAAGCCAUUUUGCCACAACUUUGGAAGUAUGCUUGGGGUCAUUGUCCAUUUGGAAGACCCAUUUGCGACCAAGCUUUAACUUCCUGACUUGAGAUGUUGCUUCAAUAUAUCCACAUAAUUUUCCUUCCUCAUGAUGCCAUCUAUCUUGUGAAGUGCACCAGUCCCUCCUGCAGCAAAGCAGCCCCACAGCAUGAUGCUGCCACCCCCGUGCUUCACGGUUGGGAUGGUGUUCUUUGGCUUGCAAGCUACCCCCUUUUUCCUCCAAACAUAACGAUGGUCAUUAUGGCCAAACAGUUCUAUUUUUGUUUCAUCAGACCAGAGGACAUUUCUCCAAAAAGUACGAUCGUUGUCCCCAUGUGCAGUUGCAAACCGUAGUCUGGCUUUUUUAUGGCGGUUUUGGAGCAGCGGCUUCUUCCUUGCUGAGUGGCCUUUCAGGUUAUGUCGAUAUAGGACUCGUUUUACUGUGGAUAUAGAUACUCUUGUACCUGUAUCCUCCAGCAUCUUCACAAGGUCCUUUGCUGUUGUUCUGGGAUUGAUUUGCACUUUUCGCACCAAAGUACGUUCAUCUCUAGGAGACAGAACGCGCCUCCUUCCUGAGCGGUAUGACGGCUGCGUGGUCCCAUGGUGUUUAUACUUGCGUGCUAUUGUUUGUACAGAUGAAUGUGGUACCUUGAACCAGAUUUGUGGAGGUCUAUAAUUGUUUUUCUGAGGUCUUGGCUGAUUUCUUUCGAUUUUCCCAUGAUGUCAAGCAAAGAGGCACUGAGUUUGAAGGUAGGCCUUGAAAUGAUGUCAAUUAGCCUAUCAGUAGCUUCUAAAGCCAUGGCAUCAUUUCCUGGAAUUUUCCAAGCUGUUUAAAGGCACAGUCAACAAAGUGUAUGUAAACUUCUGACCCACUGGAAUUGUGAUACAGUGAAAUAAUCUAUCUGUAAACAAUUGUUGGAAAAAGUACUUGUGUCAUGCACAAAGUAGAUGUCCUAACCGACUUGCCAAACAAUAGUUUGUUAAAAAGAAAUGUGUGUAGUGGUUGAAAAAUGAGUUUUAAUGACUCCAACCUAAGUGUAUGUAAACUUCCGACUUCAACUGUACAUCCAACAAAUUCAAUGACAAAUUUAUCUGAACAGGGGGAAAGAAAUCAUCACAAAAUUCACUGAGAAAUCAUUACAUAGGAUUAAGAAACAAUACUCCGAGCUGCAGCGGCAUACAACUUGUCAAACAUAGAGAACUGAUACAAUAUACUCGUUGUUGGCGUGGUAUUGGCGUUGCGUGUCAGUGGAUGGAUUUUGACCACUUCUUUGGAUUCCAUGUCUUACUCAUUGUUAGAAAAAAGUUUGUUCCAAAUCGGAUGUUGGGUACUAUCAAUUUUGAAUAUUUAUAUGAAUCCUAUAAAUUAAAAUGGCCAAUUUGGGUGCAAUCAAUCAGCUUAAUUUCUCAGAGAACAAAUGUAUAUUUCAACAAAAUAACAUUGCAGGAAUGCUAAUUUGAUCUGUUUCUAACAACAGAAACGAUUUCAGAACAAUCUGAGAUGGUGGGUUUUGAAAUCGUCUUUCAUGUGCUUUUUGAGAUGGAACGAUCCAACUGCCACCAUAAUUCUUCUUUCCCUGCAUGUUGCAUCCCGUAAAAGCAAAGCAUAUAGAGGAGAACAACUACUCCACAUUAUAACAUGACAGUACAAAUUUGGAGUACUUGUUUAUUGUGGCAUUAUCCAGCCCCUGAGUGGGAGUGAGUGGGAGUUCUGUAUAUGCGUAUGUAUGAGUAAGCCAGUGAAAACAAGACAUUGUCUGUUCUGUUGGUUGUCUCUCUGUGGUUGAUGGUGAUUGUAAUCCCCCCAUUUCUUUAGUGGGAAAGCAAGAUAAUGUAAACAGCAAGCCACAGUGCCACACUGGUGCUUUGUUUACUGUUGUGGCACUGCCCAUAGAGUGCCAUCCGAAGAAAUGCUAUACAAAUGUAAAUAAAAUUUGAACGUAUACAGUACCAGUCAAAAGGUUGGACACACCUACACAUUCCAGGGUUUUUCUUUUCUUUUUACUAUUUUCUACAUUGUAGAAUAAUAGUGAAGACAUCAAAACUAUGAAAUAACACAUAUGGAAUCAUGUAGUAAAACAACAAAAUGUUAAACAAAUCAAAGUAUAUUUUAUAUUUGAGAUUCUUCAAAGUAGCCACCCUUUGCCUUGAUUUAACAGGUGUGCCUUCUUAAAAGUUAAUUUGUGCAGUUUCUUUCCUUAAUGCGUUUGAGCCAAUCAGUUGUGUUGUGACAAGGUAGAGGUGGUAUACAGAAGAUAGCCCUAUUUGGUAAAAGACCAAGUCCAUAUUAUGGCAAGAACAGCUCAAAUAAGCAAAGAGAAACGACAGUCCAUCAUUAAUUUAAGACAUGAAGGUCAGUCAAUCCGGAACAUUUCAAGAACUUUGAAUGUUUCUUCAAGUGCAGUCGCAAAAACCAUCAAGCGCUAUGAUGAAACUGGUCUCAUGAGGACCGCCACAGGAAAGGAAGACCCAGAGUUACCUCUGCUGCAGAGGAUAAGUUUUAAUUAGAGUUAACUGCACCUCAGAUUGCAGCCCAAAUAAAUGCUUCACAGAGAUCAAGUAACAGACACAUCUCAACAUCAACUGUUCAGAGGAGACUGUGUGAAUCAGGCCUUCAUGGUCGAAUUGCUGCAAAGAAACCACUACUAAAGGACACCAAUAAUAAGAAGAGACUUGCUUGGGCCAAGAAACACGAGCAAUGGACAUUAGACCGGUGGAAAUGUGUCCUUUGGCCUGAAAUCUCCAAAUUGGAGAUUUUUGGUUCCAACCGCCGUGUCUUUGUGAGAUGCAGAGUAGGUGAACGGAUGAUCUCCGCAUGUGUGGUUCCCACCGUGAAGCAUGGAGGAGGAGGUGUUAUGCUGUGGGGGUGCUUUGCUGGUCACCCUGUAAGUUAUUUAUUUAGAAUUCAAGGCACACUUAACCAGUAUUGCUACCACAGCAUUCUGCAGAGAUACGCCAUCCCAUCUGGUUUGGGCUUAGUGGGACUAUCAUUUGUUUUUCAACAGGACAAUGACCCAACACACCUCCAGGCUGUGUAAGAGCUAUUUGACCAAGGAGAGUGAUGGGGUGCUGCAUCAGAUGGCCUGGCCUCCACAAUCCCCCAACCUCAACCCAAUUGAGAUGGUUUGGGAUGAGUUGGACCGCAGAGUGAAGGAAAAGCAGCCAACAAGUGCUCAGCAUAUGUGGGAACUCCUUCAAGACUGUUGGAAAAGCAUUCCUCAUGAAGCUGGUUGAGAGAAUGCCAAAGGGGUGGCUACUUUGAAGAAUCUAAAAUAUAUCUUUAUUUGUUUAACACUUUUUUGGUUACUACAUGAUUCCAUAUGUGUUAUUUCAUAGUUUUUAUGUCUUCACUAUUAUUCUACAAUGUAGAAAAUAGUAAAAAUAAAGAAAAACCCUUGAAUGAGUAGGUGUGUCCAAACUUUUGACUGGUACUGUAUGUUUGGUACUUGACAGUCAGGUCAUUUGUGGCUAGAUUUUUGCAAGAGAGCAGUGCUGACUAUGAGAGUAGAGAGCUACUGUGUGUUGGAGUUGGACUGAGUCUGCUGUCCUCUUUGCCGCCCUCUCUUAGCCAGAGGACUGGGUGGAGGAGGGGCGCUCUGCUCCGUUAUUAGAAGCAGAUUGGAGAGUUUCCUGUUUUAGCGUGCUAGCAGCACCAAGGUCUCUCUCUCUCUCCCUUUUUCUCUCUCCCCUAAUUCUUCUCCCAGCAGACACAAUACUCGGACACAUCUGCUUAAGAAUUAAAAAUAGCAUGCCUUUGUCUCAACACCUCUCCGUCUCUCCCUCCAUUUCUCUCUCCCCCGCUCUCAUCGUUCUAAUAUCCUUGGUUCUUCACAUCUUGUCCCAUCACAGGCGGAGGGGGACCGGCUGCCCCCUGGCCACACAGUGAGCCAGCUGGAAACCUGUAAGAUCCGGAGUAUCCGGGCGGGAACGCUGGAGCGGCUGGUGGAGACCCUGCUGACGGCGUUCGGGGACAAUGACCUCACCUACACCAGCAUCUUCCUGUCCACGUACCGCGCCUUCGCCAGCACACACACCGUGCUUAAGCUGCUGUUAGAUAAGUACGUCUGGGUCUGGGGGCCAUGGUGGCUGUAGUGUACAGCAGAGGCUGACAACUCCUGGUCCUGGUGGGUCCAAUGUGUGCAGGCUUUUGUCACAGCCAUAGUGCUAUAACACCUGGUUCAAAUAAUCAGCUAAUCAUCAUGAUUUUUAUGAGGUGAAUUGUAUGUAUAAGUGUUGGGCUGGGACACACUGUGGCUGGAGAACAAUGGCUGAGGAACACUACUGCUCUACAUUGAGAGGCUAAGGAAACGUAUUGGUCUCACUUCUUUUACAGACUGAUGGUAGACGUUGGUGCUGAAAUGUUAUUUUCUUGGUAUUUUUCUCAGAUAUGGAAUUGCAGAGGAUAGUGAAGGACAGAUGGAACGAUGUAGACCCUCUGAAACCAAAGGAGCCGUUCGAACGUAAGAUUUCUCAACAUCUCCUACUUACUUAGUCUGUCUGUCCGUCUGUCUGUCUUUGCUUGCUUUCCAUAUGGAUUCAAGCGGAGUUGUUGCUGAGUUGUUAUUGUGUAGCUCCCCAGUCUGCCUUUCCCUCUGUCAGCAGCAGCUUGCUCCCAGCAGCCUUCCCUGACUUUCUCUCUGCCCUCCCCCCUCCCUCCUCCCCCUCAGUGCCCUGGCCUCCAUCCUGCGAGUCUGGCUGGACCAGUGUCCAGAGGACUUCCAGGAGCCUCCAUCUUACCCCUGCCUCCACAGGGUCAUGGCGUAUUUACAGAGGGCCCUGCCUGGAUCGGAGCCCAUUCGUAGAGCCCAGAGUCUACUGGAGCAGCUGCAAGCCGAGGCUAGUCUGGAUCCAGACUCCGAGGGUGGGUGAACAAUCUAAGAUAUCUAGUUCAUUAGUACUCUAUCCUCCCUCAAUUCUGUAGUCUUCUUAUCUUUGUCUCUAUCCCUCUGCUUCUGUUGUCUAUCUCUCUCUCUUCUUAAUUUCUCUCUCUAUUUACUUAUAUCUCCAUCUAUUUCUCUCCAUCACAGUGCUGCCAAUUCUCACGCAUUGGCAUGAGACACACAGAUUUGACCCUCUUCACACGCCACACCUCUUAUUUCUCACGCAUUGAAAAAAGUAGGCCUGCUGCUUUUCUUUUCUGAUGAAUACAGUGUAUGUUCAGUGCGUUAACUUUUCAAUUGAUCCAUAAUUUUCCUGCCACCGCACUGUGAACCGCAGCAGAUUGAAGAUGGCGAUUGGUUUAGUGAGGGUCCAGGACCAAGGUGAUUGGAUGCGCGUUUGUAAAGAAAUGUCCCUCACGAUUACCGUUGAGCAGCCUUUCUAUGGGAGCAGCCACGGCAGACAGGACAGGCACGUUCGUUCUCCGCUGAUCAAAGUUUAUGAACUAAAUGUUCAGAAGAGCAGCAUGGCAACUUGAAGCUGUUUUGUACACAUAACUGUCAAAAAGUGCAUUUGCUGUCACUCCUGUCCCUGUCGCAGAAAUACAUUGAAAGAUAAUUUGGGUUUGGUGUAGGGGCAGAUUUAGGCGAAGUCAUCUUGUCUUCAGGAGAUUUUAUUAUCUGUUUAAUUUAUUUGGUCUUUCACAACAGAUUAUGUAAGUCAUUAGAACAAUUACCAUCCCCUACAAUGGGCUAGAAUAUAGACUAAUUAGUGUGCUUAUUUCAGCAAGAACACUAAUGUUAUUCCCCAGACUUUUAUUUUUUCACUUCUUAACAAUGUUGCUGGUGUAAUUAGGCUAUUUUAAAUCUGAUAUGCCAACUUGUCUUGAAUAAAUAAAUAAAGUGAAAUGAGGGCUAUGCAUUUAUGGACAGUGUUGAAUAUAGGCUAAACUAUAAAAUGAGAAUAGGCUAUAUUGAAAUGCCCCUUGCCUCAUAUCCUGUUUUGUCAUUUUAGUAUUGUGCACAAGAUCUUACCCAUGUAGAGUAAGAUGAUGGCAAGGUUUUGCAAAUCAGCCUCAACCACCUGAAAAUUGAUAUUCAUUCGAUUUUUCUUGAAUGUGGAGUACUGUGUAGAAAUCAAAAGUCACAUGAAUAUAUUCAAACCUCCAUUUUUACUUUUAGAAUGUAUUUAUUUUUUGUGGGGAUUGAUCAGCUUUAAUAUUGCAGAUAGAUUGUAGCUUCCAUCAAUGUAAUUGUCAGCAUUACUUCCAAUCCCGCAUAUAUUUUUGACAGUACCAGUCAAAAGUUUGGACACACCUAACCAUUCAAGGGUUAUUCUACAAUGUCAAAAUAAAGAAAAACCCUUGAAUGAGUAGGUGUGUCCAAACUUUAACCCUGGCUAGGGGUGGAGCCAAUGACAUUCACUCGAGAGAUCUCACUCGAAUCUAUCUUCAAAAGUUGGCAGCCCUGCCAUCAAUAAUGAAAUCAUUCAUCUGAUCAUUACUCCUCUUGGUAGGUUUCUCCGGCGGUUUCCAUGGCAACAGCUCCUUCUGCUUGGGUGAGGAUGAGGAAGUGGAGAUUGAGGUCCAGGAAGACUUCCUGUCAUUUGAUGCAGAUUUGGUUGCUGAGCAGCUAACCUAUAUGGAUGCGGUAAGAGAAAGGCUGAGGGAGGCUGGGUUGGAGUAUGGAUUUCCAGGUGGGAUUUGAACAAUACAGGAUAAAUAUACGUUUUAAAGUAACUGUCCAGUGUUACCAUAUUUCUAUGAAAUAUGACCUAUAAUUAAUUACAAUAUGAGUGAAGUAGUUUUCCUUUAAAACAAUGAUAAUUAAAUAUGUUAAAAAGCAGCUUUUCUGUGUUCGAAUGAUGUGUGCGUACCCCAACAGAAUGGUCAUAAUUUAAAAUAUUAAUGCGAGUAGACCGCUGAUUUGGCCAGCUCAGCCAAUGAGCCAACAUGACAUCAUGUUCUAUGAAGAAAUAGCAAGCAUUUUUAAGAUACAAGUUUGAGGUGGGGGUUUUUCUCCAACUUAUGCUUUGGCCACAAAUACGAUAUAGGACGAGUCAACAACAAUAUUUGGGUAGGUAAGCGUUAACAGAAUAUUAUGUUUUUUUUAAGUCAUAUUUUCACUGGACAGUUACAGUUGAAGUCGGAAGUUUACACACACUUAGGUUGGAGUCAUUAAAACUCGUUUUUCAACCACUCCACAAAUUUCUUGUUAACAAACUAUAGUUUUGGCAAGUCGGUUAGGACAUCUACUUUGUGCAUGACACAAGUAAUUUUUCCAACAAUUGUUUACAGACAGAUUAUUUCACUUAUAAUUCACUGUAUCACAAUUCCAGUGGGUCAGAAGUUAAAAUUCACUAAGUUGACUGUGCCUUUUCCAAACGAGCUUGGAAAAUUCCAGAAAAUGAUGUCAUGGCUUUAGAAGGUUCUGAUAGGCUAACUGACAUAAUUUGAGUCAAUUGGAGGUGUACCUGUGGAUGUAUUUCAAGGCCUACCUUCAAACUCAGUGCCUCUUUGCUUGACAUCAUGGGAAAAUCAAAAGAAAUCAGCCAAGACCUCAGAAAAAUUAUUGUAGACCUCCACAAGUCUGGUUCAUCCUUGGGAGCAAUUUCAAAACGCCUGAAGGUAGCACGUUCAUCUGUACAAACAAUAGUACGCAAGUAUAAACACCAUGGGACCACGCAGUCGUCAUACCGCUCAGGAAGGAGACGCGUUCUGUCUCCUAGAGAUGAACGUACUUUGGUGCUAAAAGUGCAAAUCAAUCCCAGAACAACAGCAAAGGACCUUGUGAAGAUGCUGGAGGAAACAGGUACAAAAGUACAGUGGCUAGCGAAAGUAUUCACCCCCUUGUCAUUUUUCCUAUUUUGUUGCCUUACAACCUGGAAUUAAAAUUGAUUUUUUGUGGGGUUUGUAUAAUUUGAUUUACACAACAUGCCUACCACUUUGAAGAUGCAAAAUAAAAAAAAAUGUGAAACAAACAAGAAAUAAGACAAAAAAACUGAACUUGAGCGUGCAUAACUAUUCACCUCCCCAAAGUCAAUACUUUGUAGAGCCACCUUUUGCAGCAAUUACAGCUGCAAGUCUCUUUGGGUAUGUCUCUAUAAGCUUGGCACAUCUAGCCACUGGGAUUUCUGCACAUUCUUCAAGGCAAAACUGCUACAGCUCCUUGAAGUUGGAUGGGUUCCGCUGGUGUACAGUCAUACCACAUAUUCUCAAUUGGAUUGAGGUCUGGGCUUUGACUAGGCCAUUCCAAGACAUUUAAAUGUUUGCCCUUUAACCACUUUAGCAGUAUGCUUAGGAUCAUUGUCCUGCUGGAAGGUGAACCUCCGUCCCAGUCUCAAAUCUCUGGAAGACUGAAACAGGUUUCCCUCAAGAAUUUCCCUGUAUUUAGCACCAUCCAUCAUUCCUUCAAUUCUGACCAGUUUCCCAGUCCCUGCUGGUGAAAAACAUCCCCACAGCAUGAUGCUGCCACCACCAUGCUUCAUUAUGGGGAUGGUCUUCUCGAGGUGAUGAGAGGUGUUGGCUUUGCGCCAGACAUAGCGUUUUCCUUGUUGGCCAAAAUGCUCAAUUUUAGUCUCAUCUGACCAGAGUACCUUCUUCCAUAUGUUUGGGGAGUCUCCCACAUGCCUUUUGGUGAACACCAAACGUGUUUGCUUAUUUUUUUCUCUAAGCAAUGGCUUUUUUCUGGGCACUCUUCCGUAAAGCCCAGCUCUGUGGAGUGUACGGCUUAAAGUGGUCCUAUAGACAGAUACUCCAAUCUCCGCUGUGGUGCUUUGCAGCUCCUUAAGGGUUAUCUUUGGUCUCUUUGUUGCCUCUCUGAUUAAUGCCCUCCUUGCCUGGUCCGAGAGUUUUGGUGGGCGGCCCUCUCUUGGCAGGUUAGUUGUGGUGCCAUAUUCUUUCAAUUUUUUAUAAUGGAUUUAAUGUUGCUCCGUGGGAUGUUCAAAGUUUCUGAUAUUUUUUUCUAACCCAACCCUGAUCUGUACUUCUCCACAACUUUGUACCUGACCUGUUUGGAGAGCUCCUUGGUCUUCAUGGUGCCGCUUGCUUGGUGGUGCCCCUUGCUUAGUGUUGUUGCAGACUCUGGGGCCUUUCAGAACAGGUGUGUAUAUACAGUGAGGAGAACAAGUAUUUGAUACACUGCCGAUUUUGCAGGAUUUCCUACUUACAAAGCAUGUAGAGGUCUGUAAUUUUUAUCAUAGGUACACUUCAACUGUGAGAGACGGAAUCUAAAACACAAAUCCAGAAAAUCACAUUGUAUGAUUUUUAAGUAAUUAAUUUGCAUUUUAUUGCAUGACAUAAGUAUUUGAUACAUCAGAAAAGCAGAACUUAAUAUUUGGUACAGAAACCUUUGUUUGCAAUUACAGAGAUCAUACGUUUCCUGUAGGUCUUGACCAGGUUUGCACACACUGCAGCAGGGAUUUUGGCCCACUCCUCCAUACAGACCUUCUCCAGAUCCUUCAGGUUUCGGGGCUGUCGCUGGGCAAUACGGACUUUCAGCUCCCUCCAAAGAUUUUCUAUUGGGUUCAGGUCUGGAGACUGGCUAGGUCACUCCAGGACCUUGAGAUGCUUCUUACGGAGCCACCCCUUAGUUGCCCUGGCUGUGUGCUUCGGGUCGUUGUCAUGCUGGAAGACCCAGCCACGACCCAUCUUCAAUGCUCUUACUGAGGGAAGGAGGUUGUUGGCCAAGAUCUCGCGAUACAUGGCCCCAUCCAUCCUCCCCUCAAUACGGUGCAGUCGUCCUGUCCCCUUUGCAGAAAAGCAUCCCCAAAGAAUGAUGUUUCCACCUCCAUGCUUCACGGUUGGGAUGGUGUUCAUGGGGUUGUACUCAUCCUUCUUCUUCCUCCAAACACGGCGAGUGGAGUUUAGACCAAAAAGCUCUAUUUUUGUCUCAUCAGACCACAUGACCUUCUCCCAUUCCUCCUCUGGAUCAUCCAGAUGGUCAUUGGCAAACUUCAGACGGGCCUGGACAUGCGAUGGCUUGAGCAGGGGGACCUUGCGUGCGCUGCAGGAUUUUAAUCCAUGACGGUGUAGUGUGUUACUAAUGGUUUUCUUUGAGACUGUGGUCCCAGCUCUCUUCAGGUCAUUGACCAGGUCCUGCCGUGUAAUUCUGGGCUGAUCCCUCACCUUCCUCAUGAUCAUUGAUGCCCCACGAGGUGAGAUCUUGCAUGGAGCCCCAGACCGAGGGUGAUUGACCGUCAUCUUGAACUUCUUCCAUUUUCUAAUAAUUGCGCCAACAGUUGUUGCCUUCUCACCAAGCUGCUUGCCUAUUGUCCUGUAGCCCAUCCCAGCCUUGUGCAGGUCUACAAUUUUAUCCCUGAUGUCCUUACUCAGCUCUCUGGUCUUGGCCAUUGUGGAGAGGUUGGAGUCUGUUUGAUUGAGUGUGUGGACAGGUGUCUUUUUAUACAGCUAACAAGUUCAAACAGGUGCAGUUAAUACAGGUAAUGAGUGGAGAACAGGAGGGCUUCUUAAAGAAAAACUAACAGGUCUGUGAGAGCCGGAAUUCUUACUGGUUGGUAGGUGAUCAAAUACUUAUGUCAUGCAAUAAAAUGCAAAUGAAUUACUUAAAAAUCAUACAAUGUGAUUUUCUGGAUUUUUGUUUUAGAUUCCGUCUCUCACAGUUGAAGUGUACCUAUGAUAAAAAUUACAGAACUCUACAUGCUUUGUAAGUAGGAAAACCUGCAAAAUCAGCAGUGUAUCAAAAACUUGUUCUCCCCACUGUAUAUACUGAGAUCAUGUGACACUUAGAUUGCACAUAGGUGGACUUUAUUUAACUAAUUGUGUGACUUCUGAAGGUAAUUGGUUGCAUCAGAUCUUAUUUAGGGACUUCAUAGCAAAGGGGGUGAAUACAUAUGCACGCACCACUUUUCCGUUAUUAAUUUUUUUGAAUUGUUUGAAACAAGUUCUUUUUUUCAUUUCACUUCACCUAUUUGGACUAUUUUGUGUAUGUCCAUUACAUGAAAUCCAAAUAAAAUUCCAUUUAAAUUACAGGUUGUAAUGCAACAAAAUAAGAAAAACGCCAAGGGGGAUGAAUACUUUUGCAAGGCACUGUAUCUAUAUCCACAGUAAAACGAGUCCCAUAUCAACAUAACCUGAAAGGCCGCUCAGCAAGGAAGAAACCACUGCUCCAAAACCGCCAUAAAAAAGCCAGACUACAGUGGACAAAGAUCAUACUUUUUGGAAAAAAUAGAACUGUUUGGCCAUACUGACCAUCGUUAUGUUUGGAGGAAAAAGGGGGUAGCUUGCAAGCCAAAGAACACCAUCCCAACCGUGAAGCACGGGGGUGGCAGCAUCAUGCUGUGGGGCUGCUUUGCUGCAGGAGGGACUGGUGCACUUCACAAAAUAGAUGGCAUCAUGAGGAAGGAAAAUUAUGUGGAUAUAUUGAAGCAACAUCUCAAGACAUCAGUCAGGAAGUUAAAACUUGGUCGCAAAUGGGUCUUCCAAAUGGACAAUGACCCCAAGCAUACUUCCAAAGUUGUGGCAAAAUGGCUUAAGGACAACAAAGUCAAGGUAUUGGAGUGGCCAUCACAAAGCCCUGACCUCAAUCCUAUAGAAAAUGUGUGGGAAGAACUGAAAGCGUGUGCGAGCAAGGAGGCAAAGAAAUAAAAGCUGAAAUAAAUCAUUCUCUCUACUAUUAUUCUGACAUUUCACAUUCUUAAAAUAAAGGGGUGAUCCUAACUGACCUAAGACAGGGAUUUUUUUACUAGGAUUAAAUGUCAGGAAUUGUGAAAAACAAAGUUUUUAAAUGUAUUUGUCUAAGGUGUAUGUAAACUUCAGACUUCAACGGUACUUUAAAAGUUUUAAUGUGGUCCUCUGUAGCUCAACUGGUAGAGCACGGCGCUUGUAACGCCAAGGUAGUGGGUUCGAUCCCCGGGACCACCCAUACACAAAAAUGUAUGCACGCAUGACUGUAAGUCGCUUUGGAUAAAAGCGUCUGCUAAAUGGCAUAUUAUUUAAUACUAAUAGUCUCAUUGUUUGUCCGUUUCCAGUUGUUGUUCAAGAAGGUUGUUCCUCAUCACUGCCUGGGCUCCAUCUGGUCCCAGAGGGAUAAGAAGCAGAACAAGCACAGUGCUUCCACCAUCCGUGCCACCAUCACCCAGUUCAAUGCUGUGGCAGCAUGUGUGGUCAGUACCAUACUGCACCGACGCCAGAUCCGCCCACACCUCAGGGCACGGGUCAUCCAGCGCUGGAUAGACGUCGCUCAGGAGUGUCGCAUGCGUAAGAACUUCUCCUCGUUGCACGCCAUCGUAUCUGCACUGCAGUCCAACCCACUCUACAGACUGAAGAGGGCCUGGUCCUGCGUGCACAAGUGGGUCUUUCACAAGCUGAAUGCAUAUGAAUUGAUUAGUCACAACUCAUGUGAUGUAGUUCCUAUGCAUUCCCAAUUAGUUCUAACCUUUCUCUAUGUCAUUUCCACAGAGACAGCAUGUCUACGUUCGAGGAACUAUCAGACAUCUUCUCAGAUCACAACAACUACCUGACCAGCCGAGAGCUGCUGAUGAGGGUGAGACUCUUCCCUGGGAAUACCAUAGACAUUGUGGAUGUUGAGGAAGUGGUUGAUUGAUGAUUAAUUGAUUGAUUCAAGUAGUGAUUUGAUAUUUACACAAUCUACUCUUUCCCCUACAGGAGGGCACCUCUAAGUUUGCCAAUCUGGAAGGCUGUGCUAAGGAUCACCAGAAACGCACUCACAAACGACUCCAGCUGCAGAAGGAAAUGGUGAGAGAUGGAGCAAUGAGCACUAUGAGUUUGCGGCCCUGUUUGUUUCCGUUUCAGGAAAGGGGUAAAAGUGAGAUGCUUGGCUGUGCCUGCUGAUGUAUUGGGAUGGUUUAACCUAUGUGUUGUCUCUCCUCCCAGGGUGCCAUGCAGGGGACGAUACCUUACCUGGGCACAUUCCUGACAGACCUGACCAUGCUAGAUACUGCUCUGCCAGACCUAGUAGAGGUGAGCCUUACUAUCAUCCUACUCACUCAUUAUGUGUGGUUGUAGAGACUCCUUGUGUGUUGUGACCACUGUUUGCAACUAGAGGAUGAGUUUCCAUGAGUAUGUGAGGAAUUUGUUUGGCAGUUUUUGGAGAAGUCCACCGCUGUUUGUCUUGGCAGCCCAGCGUGGUAUGAAAGUUCAAUCUUUCACAGUGUCCUCUUUGUGUCUUCUGCAGGGUGGGCUCAUCAACUUUGAGAAGAGGCGAAGGGUGAGUGUAAUUUUCAACCUGUUCUAAACCACUCAUUAGGUGAUUAGGAAAAGUAAUUCAUGUUAGUAGUGUCAGCUCAAUUGACAUGACUGACAUUGAUCUCUCUCUCUCUCUCUCUUUCAGGAGUUUGAGGUGAUAGCUCAGAUCAAGCUGCUGCAGUCUGCAUGUAACAGCUACUGUCUGAGUGCUGACGCUGCCUUCCUGCGCUGGUUCAAGAGCCAGCCCCAGCACAGUGAGGAGGAGAGGUACAAACAUCAUCAAUCAUUCACACUAUAUAUAUCACUACAUCAGCUCUCUCUAUCCGCUGCUCUAUCUUUCUUUCUGAUUGUUUUACUCAGGCUAAGUGGACUGGUAGCAGUGAUGUCAUGAUUCUUUUUGGUUUCUCUUGCAGCUAUGCCAUGUCUUGUGACAUUGAAGGAGUGGGAGACAGCAGUCCUACUUCACCCAAACCUCGCAAGAGCAUGGUCAAGAGACUUAGCCUGUAAGUACACUCUGGAGGAAUUAUAACAUAUACUGUACUUGACAUUUAGAUUUAAAAGAAAUCUACCCUGAAUAAUAGACAUUAUUGUAAUGGUGUAGAAUUCCUCUGACUACAAUCAGUUUUGGAACCUUAGCCUUUGACAUAAUAUUGAUGUUUUAACAGGAAUCUAUUAAAUCAUUGUUUAUAUUAGAUCCAUCUGACCGAUGUGUUCCUUUUUUUUUUUUACCUGUCUUUUUUUCUCUGUCAGACUGUUUCUGGGAGUAGACUCCUCGGCAGUGAGUUCCCCGGUGAGGGAAACACCUCAGUCGCCCCCUACUGGCAGCUCUGGGGAGAGCAUGGACUCAGUAAGCGUGUCGUCCAGUGAUUCCAGCCCUUCAGAAAGCGAGGGCCUGGCCAUGACACCUAUACACACCUCCGACACUCAGCAGAACAAGGUAUGGCACUAAGAUACUUGUGUUGUAUUUUUGUUGUAUUUAGUUGGUGGGGGUUUUGCGCAAGCCCUAUUGUUUUUUUUCUUUCUAUUCUGUAUUUUGUUUACCAAUGUGUGCAAAUAAAGUAUGGAGGUCGUUUGUGUGCUAACUACUAUGCGUCAUCUGUGUGUCUCCAGUUGUCCGAGUCUUCCUCCUGUACUUCUCUCCACUCCAUGGACACCACCUCGUCCUCAGCCAGUGUUCCAGUGACCCCGGCCUCUCCCUCUCUCCCCGGGCCACCCUGCAUGCACCGUCGCUCUGUCUCCCUGACACCCAUGUCCCCCUCCUCCCCCCUGCCCCCGGCCUACAACACCCAGGCCCAGGACGCCUGUAUCAUCAGAGUCAGCCUGGAGCAGGGCAACGGCAACCUCUACAAGAGCAUCCUGGUACGUCUCAUGUUAAGAUGUGUGAUUAUGAUUGUGAAAAUGUCUCUAAAGGUGGUUCAAAAGUGACGAUUCACACUGAUUUUGAUAUUAAAAUAUGUUGUGUUGUUUCCUCCCCAGUUGACGAGUCAGGAUAAGACUCCAGCAGUGGUCUCUAGAGCUGUGGCCAAACACAACCUGGAGAGUGAGCCUGGGGAGGGAUACGAGCUGGUGCAGGUCAUCUCUGACGAGAGAGGUACAAACAUUCUCCCUGACACUCUUUUUAGCCUCUGAGUUUUGAUAAUAUUGUGAAAAAGUCAUUUAAAAAACCUUCCUUUUUCAGAGCUGGUGAUUCCAGACAACGCCAACGUCUUUUACGCCAUGAACACCUCAGCCAACUUUGACUUCCUGCUGCGUGUGCGAGGCACUGCGGGGAGGCCGGUCCAGCUGAGAAGUCGCUGCGCCUCCACACUCCCCCGCGCCCAGCAGCGCUCCAGCCUGUCUCUGCGCCUCAGCAAGGUCACACUGUGACUCCCAGGACAAGGGCAUGAGGCCUGGAGGGACCCCAGACUGGAGGGGGUGGGAGACUGAGAAGGACCAGGCAUGGGGGAAUGAGUUGAAGUCAAUGAGAUGAUAGACUCUGAAUACCCUAUUCCCAAAUCCCCUGUCCCCAAUCGGACCCCCACCUCUCAGUACUCACACACAUCCCCCAACUCCAGUAGCAGCCUGUGGCCUUCCAAUCCCUGUCACCCCCCAACCCCUAUGGACUAUUAUGGAUGUGUAGUGGGACUGCAGUGCCAUAUAGAAUAUAGAUGCCUUUGGCAGAGCGAG